AUGAGCGAACAAACAGCGCAGAACGAUAUUAGAAUUAAAUCUCAACCUUUACUAUCACCUUCUGCUACUAUUUCACAACAAAGAGAGCAGCAACAGUCAUAUUUCCCCGCUAUCCUAACAAACCCAAAGUUGGGACAGCUACGUGGAGAGUUUCUUUCUAACACCCAAAGGUCUAAGAGUGAAGGAUACAUUGGUAGGAGGCGUAGAAAUAUCCAAGAGAGGGACUCUUCACUCACUGCUAGGAUCGGGAGAGACAGGGAUAGGGACGAUGACACACCACAACAAUUAGACAGUUAUAAAUCCACCUUCCCAUCCCCUUUACCACCUUCUUUAUUACCACGUAAUCAACCAGUACCUUCUACCACCGUCCGCGGAAGAUCACAACGUAAAUCAUCAUCAUCUGCAGGUGACGAAGGCUCCUUUUAUAUUAGUUUAAAAGGUAUUAGAAAGACUUUGGCCCCAAGAGGUACUGGUUCUGCUAGAGCAAGGUUUGUUGUUCAAACGACUGAAUCUGAGAUUCGUAGCUGGAUUCUAGGAUCUUCAAGUGAAGUCGUUAUCAAUCCAGAUGACAAUAACCAUACGCUUGGUAGAGUUAUUGACGCUACAACAACAUGCAACGCAAAUGGGCACCAACAUGAUGAUGACGAGGAAUGCAUCGAACUGCCGAGUAUCAUAGAGUUAUCACGCUCUCCAAGCAGUCUCGUUUGGUUAAUUCCUGAGAAAUUUGAAAGAUUUGUCGUUCAUUGUGUUGCACGUUGGUGGGGUGUAGUUAGUUUCUCAAAGACUAACAACGAUGGUGACAGAGUCACACAUCUUCUCAAACCACGUUUACCUGCAGAUAAGCAAGUGAAACAUAACCAUUUGGAUACGCCACCUGUAAGUGAAGUGGACACUGCAAGCGAGAUAGCAAGUGAAACUGCUAGUGAUUAUCAAAUGUCACAAUCUGAAGCAGAGGAUAACGCCCCAGCUAACACUAGCACUGCAUGGGCAGAAAUAACAGAUGACUUUGAGAGAAGGUUAGAUGUGGAUAAAAAUACUAGCGAUGACGAUAUAAGGUCAAAUGAUCGUGAACGCAUGGGUAGAAGCCGCAAUAUGCCAGAACGUACUAGUAGAGCUGUGAGGGAAAGUGAUACAGAAGAGAGUGACGCUGAACGUACAUCCCCAAAUGCGACCAGAUCAACUAUACCUCGCAAAGUUGUACCUAAAUCUGCUUCGACUCAUCCUUGGAGAGAGCCAACUGUCUCUUUCUCAGAGUACCUUUUUGAAGCUGUCUAGAAGUCCAGACAGGCGAACAAUUUAUGAUAGAAUUUCCUUUUUUGGUCUGCAUUCUUUUUAGAUUUCGAGUUGUAUUUGUUUUAGUUUCUAACUGUUAUAUAAAUAUCCCUUUU